UCUUCGCUUUUCAUCUCAAUUUCUCUCCAUGGCCAAGCAGCUUAAGAAAUGCUCGACAUCCACCGAUGUUGAAGAUACCACGAAGCCUUGGCAGAAUGAGUUGGAUGAUUCAGAAGUAAUUCUGAAGGAGCAAAAAAAGGAAAUUGAUGAAGAUGUAAAAACUGCAUUUAAAAAGAAGAAAAAGGUGGAAGAAUAUGACUGCAAUUUCGAUAAUCAUAAAGAGGCAUUUGGAAACAAUCAUAAUACCAUAGUCGUUAAGGGAUUCGAUUGUUCCCUUUCUAGGGAUGAUAUCAAGAGCUCACUGGAAAAACACUUUGGUUCAUGUGGAGAGAUCUCUAGGGUUUUUGUUCCGUUUCAGUGCCAAACCGGUUCUCCCUUGGGAUAUGCUUUCAUUGAUCUGAGGAAUGACGCAAAGAAGGCGUUAACACUAGAUGGAAGUUAUUUGGGAAGUCUGAAGCUUGAGGUUGUCAUGACUAGCUCUAGAAAAGAAUUUCUUCAGUAUCCUAACUUAAGAGGGUGUGCACGUUGUUGCAUUAAUAUGAAAACGCGCAACUACGACGAGUUCUUGAGAACUGGUGGUGGUCGUUUAACUCCCUGGACACCUGAGCUCCAGCAGGCGGUCGCUGAGCUUCUUAAGCGAAAACCUUUAAGAAGAAAAAAAUGCGGAAAACCAGAGCUAAUAAUAAUAUCGGUCGUUUCAUCUACAAGCUGCUAAUGCGGAAAACCAGAGACAUAUAUGUUUUAUGUCUUUCAAGAAAACUUGGGACUCUUGCUAUUUUAGUUUCAUA